AUGUAUGAACCGGCCACCCUCAGUCUACACCGCUUGAGUCGGCACAGCCUCCAAGAUCGAUAUGAAUCAGAUGAAGAGACUGUAUCGGAAUCCGAUGCCGGGGCUCAAGAUUUACUAUCCUCGCCUGUCGAUUCCCAGCGUGAGAUCUUCGAUUCAGAUCUCACCGACAACUCAUCACACAUGGACCAUGACUCGGACCGGGACGAGCGUCUCUUGUCGCUGCCAGUAACUAAACGGGCCCGGCCCAUCUCCACAGACACCGUGAAGAGGAACGGUAGCGCUGUCUUCAGCGAAGACGCCUAUGUGCUGAGUCCCGAGGAAGAUAUGGUCCUUGAACUACCUUCACCGGACUCUCCCAUUCAACUGGCAUCCAGUCUUUUCCUGCAGCCAUCCAUAUAUGCCGCUCCCAAGCCACGACAUGUCAAGACUAGAUCCCGAUCUCCCUCGCCAUCCUCUGUUUUCUCAGUAGAGGAGGCAGAUAUUCAAGUGGCCCAGAAGAUUACCUUCAUGGAGCCCCGAACCCGCCCUACCGUCGUUCUGAUCAACGCCCUGGGCUCACGAUCCAAGAGCUCCAAGUCUCGCCCUAGCCCUCGCUCACGGGAUAGCAGUCGACCUCGUCCUGCCACCAUGAGAUCAGACAGCCGCCUGUCCCUCCGUCCGGACUCACUGCUCAAAUCCAGGGUCCCUCUCCAAGAAAUUACCAACCCCCCAUCCAACGAGGACUUCGCUCCAACGGCAACCAUCAGCCGCGUCUCCGAUAUCCCUCCAGUCCCUUACCUCCCUGCUCCUCGCACCCACCCAGCAGGCCCUCGCCCCCGUCCCCGAACCUCCAGUUCAGACAUGGCAAUGCCACCACCUCUCAACGUGCGCACCCGUCGUCUAACCGAAACUCGCCCACCACUUUCCAUGCGCACCCUCAGCACCGCAAGCAUCACAUCUCGCCCAACAACACCCUUUUCACCAGAGGAAUCCCUCUCCACGAUUCAUGAUCACGAAAGUCUCCCUAGUCUCACACGCACCUGCAGCCCAGUCUCCAUCGCCUCCUCCCCAGCCAAACGCUCUACAAGCUCCUACAGCGUCUCCAACAUCCUCUCCAACCGCUCCCCACUCAUGCCCCGACGCAUGACAAGGAAGCAUUCUUCCUCCAGCGUUGUCUCACUUAGCAGCCUACGCUCCGAGUUCGAUCCCCGUGGUCCAGCCUCAUCGCAGAUCUCGGUGGUUUCCCAGCCUCCUCGUGCAGAUUCGACCCCUGUGCGUAAAUCCAGCCAGCGUCGUCAUCUCCGCCAUAAUAGCUUUGCACCCAGUGGUCGGGGCUUCCUGGGGUUGAAGCUCGGGAGGAAAAACAAGUCCUAA